AUGGUGCUCAUGCAGUUGAGGGAGCGCAGAAGCUGCGUCGUGGGGACUGCGCAUGAAGUUUCGUUUUCGCAGCCUUCGCUUGACGGGGAGAGCUCUGCAGUGUCGGAGGGAGAGCUUCUGCAGUCGCAGCUGGAUAUAGCGCUGCUGCCCGCGUCUGCGCCGCCUUCUGACGUGCCUGGUGCUCUCUUGCCUGCAGCAAGUAGCAGCACGGAGGCUGCGCAGGAAAGAGCGAUUGGCGCAAAUGCCACUUGCGUCGCCUAUGCUGUGAAGCCUGGCGUCGUACGGGUUGUUCGCGUGCUGGAUCAGCAGGCGCAGCAGAAUGCCGCAGUUUGCCGGUUUCUUCUCCCCGAUCCGCCAGCGGGAGUCGCAGGAUCGCGUGUGGCAGAAGGCCUCGCGCUUGGUCAAGAAAAGCCGCAGUUUCUCCUGAUAAGAGACUCUCACGGAUUGGUUCUCAUUUACAAGGGGAGGCUGGAGUCUCCUGCUCCUAAGCCUUCCGCGGAUCGCUCUCCAUCGGCAGAUGCAGAGCGGGGGGGCAGCAGCUCGACAGGCAUGCCGACUGCGGGGGGGGGAACAGACACCACUCCCCCGUUCGUACAGCUGCAGCUGCAGCUCGAGCAUGGGCGUCUUCUGGACGCCUUCUGGCUGCCCUCGACUGCCACGCAGCGGAGAGCGGGUACAGGUGCUGCUGAAACUGCGGAGAGAGACAGGAGCGAGACUGCAGAAGGCGGGAGUGGAUGCUUCUUUGUCACUGUGCAGCAACGCCGAGUGGCGGUGUGGUCUGUACCGCUGCUGAGGAUCUUGGGAGUGACGCUGCGGCGUGAUCCUCAGAAGGAGCCGCUUUUGGCAGAAGAAGCAGAAGCCGCGGAUUGCUGCUGCUGUGUGCUGCCCUUGGAAGAGGCAGCCGCCGCAGCCGAAGGAGUGCUGCACGACCCUUUCAACGUGUGCACCCCCAGCGAGCUGCCGGAGGUGUAUUCGGCGUGCUGCGCCUCAAGAGAAGGCUGCUUGCUGGUCGGGCUCAAGCGACGGGUUGUAGCAGCGUGGCAGCUGCAGCUCCUCGCCGCGGUGCGACUGCCUCCAGAGCCUUAUGGAGCACUGCGUCUUCCUACCAGAUCUGCUGCUGCUGCUGCUGCGGCAGAAGCCGAAGAGCAUCUGCAGGCGUCUGCUCAAACGAACCCUUUUUUCUCGCCGCUUGGCACGCGCGAUCCCACGAGCAUCGUGCUGCGACGCCAGCAGCAGCAGCAUCAGCAGCAGCGGAAACAGCACCUCGACGAGGCGAGCAGUCCCUUCCAGCUCUUGGUGCUCUACGGAGGAGGAUGCCUUGACAAAAAGGCUGGCUUCUCUCCCUUCCUAGCCGUUUGCACCAGAGGCGCUUUCUACGUACAGCUCUUCCCCCUUUGCUUCCCGGAAGCUUCUUGCUCCCUGCAAUAUCCGCAGGCUCAGCACUUCUUAGGGCCAUGUCAACAGACGUUGUGUUUCGGCUUGCCCAAAGAUCUCGAGCUGAGCGUUCUGGGUAGCAGCAGCAGCAGCAGCAGCAGCAGCAGCAGCAGCAGCAGUAGCGACACUGCGGCCUUCUGCGCGUGGGCUCUUACAGACUUAACUCAGCGGUUCCUUGUUGUUGGUGUUACGGUGGAAAGAGGACAGCCUGAGGCACGUUCAUACCUGUGCAUUUUGGAUCAGCAGCAGCAUCCUGGUGCUGCUUCUGAGCAGCAGCAGGAGCAGGAGCAGCAGCAGCUGCCUCUCUCCUCAGUUUUGCUGCUGCACCUGCCAAACCCCUUGGUAAAAUUGGGUGCGGCCGUUCUUACGGGGGCCCCUGCGGGGGGGCCCCCCGAGAUGGAGGCAGCAGCAGCGGGGCAGGAGGCGGAGGAGGAGGCUGCCUUGUACUGUUACUGCGUGUUUACGGCAGAAGAGGAUCGACAUCUGCUCCAUCCGCAGUCGCAGCAGCGGCCUCACUUGCUGCGCGUUCACUACGUCCAGUGCAGCAAGCUCGCCGACUUGGAGGGUGCUGCUGCAGCUGCUGCAGCGGAGGAUGCCAUGACCACCAUCGCACAGCGUAGCGGCAGGAGCAGCAGCUACUGCUGCUCCUUCGACGCGGGCGCCUCGCCAGCUGCUGCUGUGCAUGCGGGAACGCCUCCAGCCAAGUUCGUGAUGUCUUCAGAAAACACUGCUCAAGCAGCAGCAAUCCCAGCAGAUCCAGCUAUCCUGCUUGCGUUGCCAGGGGGGCCUGCUGCUGCUGCAGCGGCAGCGGAGCACGCAGGCACCCCCGUCUUGCCGGAGGCAGAUUCGACGUCUAGCGGCUUGUUGCAGCUGCUGCUAGCUCGCAACAAGGGCAGCAGCAGCAGCGCAAACAAGGACGCUUUGACUCCCGAUUUUGACAAGCGGGCUGAGUCGUCGCCCUCUUCGGUGUCUCCGUCUCGCUCGGCAGCUGCAGGAGGGGGGGCCUCCUCUAGCAACGCGCGUGUCUCUGGCGCCUCUGGCAAGCCGAGAGAAAGCAAAUCGGCAGAACCACCAGCAGCGGCAGCAGCAGGAGCUCUCUCCGGAGCUUCGCCGCAUGCUGCGUCUCCUGCUGCCCCUAAGACGCAGGCAGAAAAGCCUCCUCAAGUCGCCUCCGCUUCAACGGCAACUCCGACGGCAGAAUCAGAAGCUGCAUUGCAGGAGUAUUGGCAGUUUUGUAACGGGUACAGUAGCAAUAUUUUUGGCAGGAGGAGCGUUGAGAGAAGCUUCCGUAGGGUGUUUGUCGCGGAGAGUAGUGCACACAGGGGAAACAAGUUCGUGCGACUGUGUUGCAUGCAGACUGUCGUGGGAGUCAGGCCAUAUCCUGAGGAAAAGGAAAGCCGUAAGCUCCUUCCUGACUCUGCUACAAUUUUUCUUGCUGCUCGCAGACUCUUUAUUCAGGAUGCUGCUGCUUGGCUUGCUGCUCGAAGACUCUUUAUUCAGGAUGCUGCUGCUUGGCUUGCUGCUCGUACAGUUUUUCUCCAGGAUGCUGCUGCCACAGCCUUUGCAACUCUGGCUGUCAGUCGCAGCCACCCUGUGACGUACGAUGCUCUUGAGUCUCUGAUCACGAAGGCGAUAGGAGAGCUCACGCAGAAGAUAUCUGCCAGCACGAGCACUAUAGUGAAGGCUAACAGCUCAUGUGCGCUGGAGCGACAGCACGCGCCUCAGCAGGCACAGCUGCAGCAGCAGCAGCGCAUGGCAGGCUUAAUUGCGACUGAGGUACAGCGUCUCUUCUCCUCGCAGCUGCAGACAGCGGUGCAGGAAGCGUGUGAAGCUGCCAAGCUUGCGGCAGUGAGGGAAGAAAGGCGUGGAGUGCUCUUUGCGCAGCUGUCUCCGCCACAAGGAACGCCUUCCCUCGCUGCAGCAGCAGCACAUCACCAGAACGUUGUGCAGCAAAUGCAGCAGCUGGAAUGUAAUGUGUCUAACCAACUGCAAACUAAGCUGAAGCAGCACAUAACCGGAACGAACCAGCUGCUGGAAGAGCACCAACGGCUGCUGCAGCAGCAUAUUCAGCAGCAAAUCCUCCCCUUGCAGCAUAAUUUUAGUGCUUCUGACAGCGCGAUCGCCCACCUUCGGGUUCAACUGCAAGACGCGCAGGAGGAUACGAAGGAGAUGCUAGCAAAGCAGCAGCAGAAGCAGUUUUCGUCUUUGAUUGGAGCGCCGUCCUCCGAGGCUGCUGAGCAGCGCAGGAUGUCGGCACACUUCACGGAGAGUCUGAAGGCUGCAGUGGAGGAAAACAAGCUCGACGAGGCUUUCGGACUGGCUAUUUCCGCCGAUAUUCGCCAAAACACCAAGGGAUUCUGGGUUACACACGUCUGCAAGAACCUCGACGCGGACGCAGUCUUCGAUGUGGAGCCACCAGCUCUCAGUCAGCCUGUGCUGCUCGGAGUUGGAAAGGUUCUUACCGAGUCACUAGCGUCGGAGGCAUCAAGAGGAGAUCUCGAAGACUUGAAAACAAUGGCUUUGUGGAUUUCGGAGGCACUCACGCAGAUGGUUGCUCCGUCGCAGCACAUCGAGUCUCAAGAUCUUAGCCAUGUAAUGCUGCACCGUCAUCGUGAACCUUGGUGGUCUCCCCCUAUCCCCUCCCUACGCAGCUUCUGUACUUUCUAG